CCCCCCCCCCGCCCCGCGAUGUCGGAGGAAACCCGACAGAGCAAACUGGCUGCGGCCAAGAAAAAGCUCAGAGAGUAUCAGCAGAAGAACAGCCCUGGUGGUCCCGCAGGAGGAAAGAGGAAGAAGAAACUGAAAAAUGGCAGCAGCCCCGAGACAUCCACUUCUGGGGGCUGUCACUCAACCGAGGAUAAACAACAGAACCAAGAAACUCUGGAUCAAGUGGAAAAAGAGAAGAAAGAAUGUCAGCAGAAGUUGGCCAAGGAGCAGGGGGCUUUAAGAGAACAACUGCAGGUUCACAUUCAAACCAUUGGGAUUCUUGUGUCUGAGAAGGCGGAUUUACAGUCAGCCCUGGCUCACACCCAACAGGCAGCCAGGCAGAAAGCAGGAGAGUCUGAGGACCUUGCUAACCGCCUGCAGACGACCCGCCAGCGCGUCGGAGAGCUGGAGCGGACGCUGUCUGCCGUCUCCACGCAGCAGAAGCAGGUGGACAGGCACAACAAGGAGUUGACCCAAGAGCGAGAUGCUCUCAAACUGGAGUUAUACAAAAACAACAGAAACAAUGAGGACCUGAAGCAGCAGAACUCUGAGCUCGAAGAGAGGCUUCGAGUCCUCGAGACAGAGAAGAAGGCCCUGCAGCUGGGCACGGAGGAGCUGCAGAAGAAGCUGGAGAUGUCUGAGCUGCUGCUGCAGCAAUUCUCUAGUGAGUCUGGCGUCUCUGACAGUAGGCAGCAGCUUCAGCAGGCCAUGGAGGAGCGGGCCCAGCUGGAGAAACACGUGCAACAGCUGCUGGAGACACAGACACAACUGCGGAUGGACAGGGACCGGUACGCAGGGGGCCUGGAGGAAGAGCGUGCCCUGUGGCAGGAGAAGAUGCAGCAGAUGUCUGCCCAGCUGUGCACACUGAGGGAGGAGAAGGAGCGCGGCCUGAGUCAGGUGCAGGAGCUGGAGACCACCUUGGCCGAGCUCCAGAGCCAGAGGGCUGAGCCUCCCGCCCCGGAGUCCCCAGCGCCCCCCGCGGGGCCGUCAGAGGCGGAACAGCAGCUGCAGGCGCAGGCUGAGCAGCUGCAGAAGCAGCUGGAGAGCCUGGCGGGACAGCUGCAGGCCCAGGUGCAGGACAACGCAGCCCUGAGUCGCCUGAACCAGCAGCAGGAACAGCGGCUGCUGCAGCUGGAGCGCGAGGCGGAGCUGUGGGGCAACCAGGCCGAGGAGCGCAAGCAGAUCCUGGAGAGCAUGCAGAGCGACCGUGUGACCAUCAGCCGCGCGCUCCUGCAGAACCGGGAGCUCAAGGAGCAGCUGGCCGAGCUGCAGGAUGGCUUCGUGAGACUGAGCAAUGACAACAUGGAGCUCACCAGCUCGCUGCAGGCCGAGCAGCACGUCAAGAACGAGCUGGCCAAGAAGCUCGGCCAGCUGCAGGAGAAGCUGGGGGAGCUGAAGGAAACGAUGGAGCUGAAGAGCCAGGAGGCUCAGAGUCUGCAGCAGCAGCGCGACCAGUACCUGGGCCACCUGCAGCAGUACGUGGCCGCCUACCAGCAGCACGCGGCUGCCUACCAGCAGCUGAGCUCCGAGAAGGAGGCGCUGCACAAGCAGAUUCUGCUGCAGACGCAGCUCAUGGACCGGCUGCAGCAUGAGGAGGUGCAGGGCAAGGUGGCGGUCCAGGUGGCUCGCCAGGAGCUGCAGGAGACCCAGGAGCGCCUGGAAGCUGCCACCCAGCAAAACCAGCAGCUGCAAGCUCAGCUGAGCCUCCUGGGCCUCCCUGGAGAGGGAGAUGGGGAGGAGGAGGAGGAGGAGGAGGAGGAGGAGGAGGAGGAGGAGGAAACUCCCCAGGCCAAAGUGCCCGUCCCGGAAGACCUGGAGAGCCGAGAGGCCGUGGUGAUGUUCUUUACGUCGGCUCUCACCCGAGCCGAGGAAGAGCGGGCCCGGCUCCGCGGGCAGCUGAGGGAGCAGAAGGCUCGCUGCCGGCGCCUGGCUCUCCUUGCCGUGCCAUCGCAGGGGGAGCCCGAGGGGCCCUCAGCCGCUGGGACUGGGGGUGACUCUGUGUCUGGGGAGACGCACCAGGCCCUCCAGGGGGCCAUGGAGAAGCUGCAGACCCGCUUUCUGGAGGUGAUGGCGGAGAAGGCGGAGCUCCGAGAGCGGGUAGAGGAGCUAGAACAUCGCUGCAUCCAGCUCUCUGGAGAGACAGACACCAUCGGAGAGUACAUUGCCCUCUACCAGAACCAGAGGGCAGUGCUGAAGGAGCGGCACCGGGAGAAGGAGGAGUACAUCAGCCGGCUGGCCCAGGACAAGGAGGACAUGAAGAUCAAACUCCUGGAGCUGCAGGAGCUGGUGCUGCAGCUCGUGGGCGAGCGCAGCGAGUGGCAGGGCCGAGUCCUGGCUGCCGCCCCAGACCGCGCUGACCAUCCCGCGCCUGGGGCCCCAGCCCUCCAGGACGCUGCUGACCCGCAGGCUGAUCUUGGCGAGGUGAGCCUCGCUGACACCGUGGAGCCUGCGCGAGGAGAGGCUGGGGAGGGCGCGUCCACCCAGAACCCUACUGCGCAGCAGAUCAUGAAGCUGCUGCGGGAGAUCCAGCACCCCCAGGAGCGCCCGGGCUUGGGCACCAACCCCUGCAUCCCCUUCUUCUACCGGGCUGACGAGCAUGACGAAGUGAAGAUCCUGAUCGUCUAACCCCGGAUGCCCUCAGCCCGGAGAGCCCCGCCCAGUCCUUGCCACUCCCCCUGCAAGCCACCCUGUCCCCUGCCGCGCCAUCCCAGCUCCCUUCCCUCUUAGAUAGAACCCCUGAUGGGGAGAGAAAGGCCUCUUUAGGCUGCCUCUCUGGAGGACCCUCGGGGGCUCCUGGGGCCUCCUCAUUUCCAGCUCCAUCCUCAGAGGCUGUGACCAACGUAGGCAGCGUUUGUGUGGCCCCCAGAACAGCCCAGACCGGGGGGUGCUCCUCUCCUUGGGCAGUCAGCCAGGCAGUUUUCAUCGCCCCUCUUGGGG